GAUGCGCAUGGGACAAAAAGUGCUUUUCCGCAAAUGUUCGCGCGCGCGAAUGACGCGCUGACGCGAGCGCCGCCGGCGCGAAAGCGCGUCGAACGAUGCGUGACGAUGCGUAAUCGCAUUCUCUUCGAGCGCGCCGAGAUCGACGCCCGAACGCGGACGGUGACGCUGCGCGCGGACGACGCGCGCGCGACGCACGCGCGAGAGGUGCUGCGAAGCGACGUCGGCGACCACGUGCGCGCGGGAACGAUCGACGUCGGCGCGUGCGAGGCGACGAUCGCGACGAUGGAUGAUGAUGAAAUCGUGCUGAAGCUCGGAGACGACGCGCGCGGACGCGGGAGGCCGGAGAUCGACUUGUUGCUCGCGACGCCGCGGCCUAAAGUUUUGAGGCGGCUGUGGGCGCCGCUCGCGUCGCUGGGCCUCGGUCGUGUCGUGCUGGCGAACGCGCAAAAGGUGGAGCGAUAUUACUUUGAUAGUAAAGCGUUGGACGCAGAGACGAUUCGUGGGGAGAUAUUGCGCGGUUUGGAGCAGGCGGGGGAUUUUUUGGUGCCGCAAGUGGGCGUGGCGAUGCGGUUGCCGCCGGUCGUGGACCGGUUGAAGGGCGCUUUGGGGAAUUCGAGCGUCACGAAUGGGUUCGAGUGGUUGUUGGAUGGACCACGUGAGCUCGCGUUGGAGGGCGUCGACGCGCGGCGCUCGCGCGUGCUCAUCGCCGUCGGACCCGAGGGCGGAUGGACGGAUUAUGAGCUCGAUUUAUUCGAGGGCGCCGGGUUCAAGCGCGUUGGCCUAGGAACGAGAACAUUUACCACGGACGUGGCG